CCUCUCAGCAGUCGAGUUUCUACCUCCAACGAGUGAGCGGCGAUUGCUUGACUAGUUCAAUUCGCUUAUCGGAGUUAAUUACCUACAACGCGAAUUACAAUCAUUACGCGCAAAUAAUGUAUGCCAUAGACAGGGCUUUAACAAUUAUCGCGGUGUUAUUAUUCUGCAGUGGUUUUGUCUGGUCAUCGCCAAUAGUCAAGAUCACAAAUGGAACUUUGAAGGGAUCUCUCAUGAAGACAAGAUAUGGAAGGGAAUUCCCCGCAUUCAGAGGAAUCCCCUAUGCACUCCCGCCCUUGGGCGAACUCAGAUUUGAGCCACCGAAACCAGCGGCUGCGUGGAGUGGGGUACGGUCUGCUGAGGGAGAUGCUGAGAUAUGCACGCAGAGAAAUAUUUAUACUCAUCAGAAGGAAGUCGUUGGAGUUGAAGAUUGUCUAUAUCUCAAUGUUUACACUCCAAAGCUCCCAAGUUCUACUGACAGAGAAUUUUCUCACUAUCCCGUUAUGAUAUGGUUUCAUGGGGGUGGAUGGGUAACUGGAGCUGGACAUUCGGAAUUCUAUGGACCCAAGUUUCUGCUCGAUCACGAUGUCAUCCUGGUAACUGUGAACUUCAGAUUGGGACCAUUAGGUUUUCUGAGCACUGAAGACUUGGUUUCACCUGGAAAUCAGGGAAUGAAGGACCAGUCACAAGCAAUUCGAUGGGUCCAUGACAAUAUUGCAGCGUUUGGUGGUGAUCGAAAUCGAGUGACGGUAUUCGGCGAAAGUGCGGGCGGAGCAAGUACUCAUUACCAUAUGAUGAGUCCUCUCUCUCAAGAUUAUUUCCAUCGGGGAAUCUCUCACAGUGGAACAGCUUUAUGUCCAUGGGUGCUGACGAGACCAGGAGUUGCUAAACAACAAGCCAUACGUCUCGGAGAAAUCCUCAAUUGUCCAACAGAGAGUUCAACUUCACUUUUGCAAUGUUUGAAGAAGAAAGAUCAUGUGGAAAUAAUUGCCACCGAUCGUGAAUUCCAGAUCUUCGACUACGAUCCCAUGAUUCCCUUCAAACCUGUUAUAGAACCCGACCAUCCCGGUGCAUUUUUGAAGGAAGAACCUGCUCAAACUCUCAAAAAUGGCCACAUGUUAGAUAUCCCUUGGAUGACGGGAUUCAAUUCCCAGGAAGGCGCCAUCAAAGUGGCUGGUCUCUACGGGAUAGAAGAUAAAAAAUAUCUCAGGAUGUUUAAUGAGAAAUUCAUGGAGUUGGCGCCUCUGUCACUGAUGUACGAACACACUUGCCCCAAAGAUCAGCAUGACGAUGUGUCUAGGAAAAUUCGAAAAUUCUAUCUGGGAGACAAACCUGCCGAUGAGUCAACGAGAUUCAAUGUCAUUGAUAUGUAUUCUGAUGCUUGGUUCAAUGUCGGCGCUGACAUGGCAGUCAGGGAUCACCUGGAGGUCCUAUCGAGUCCAAUUUAUUAUUACUACUUUGCAUACAGAGGUAGUGCAUCAUUCUCUAAAAUAUUCGGCGAUGAAACGAAAGAUUAUGGAGUUUCUCAUGCUGACGAGCUGCAAUACCUCUUCCCCGUCGGUGAACAAUUGUUUAAAGACACUCCGUUCACCAAAGAGGAUCACAGAAUAGCCGACGUUAUGACAAAAUUGUGGACGAAUUUUGCGAAAACUGGAAAUCCUACACCUCGGGUGACAUCAGAAUUUCCUAUGACAUGGAAGCCAGUGAAGACUGAUGCUCUCGAAUAUUUAUUAAUCGACAAUUCAAUGAAUUUCAAGAUGUCUAAACAUCUUCUCAAAGACAGAAUGGAGUUCUGGGCAUCAUUGCCGCACCGGGAGAGUGUGAACACAUCCAAUAAGCCAUCUUUCCAGCGGGACGAGCUUUAGAGCUUUAUUUUACAAAAAAAUUACUUCCUGGAAUUACUUCCAUUGACAAUUAAUUGGCGGUCACAGUUGAUAAUAAUUUCGUUUUAAACCAUCUACUAACGGUUCGAGUCUUAAAUGCACUUCUCAUCAGGGUAAAUUUAUUUAGUACAAUUUCGCGUAAUAAAAAUUCAUAAUUGAUUAAAAUAUAUUCCGUAAGAACGGAAAAACCGAUGAAUAAGGGGAACUAAUCAUCACAAGUUGCAAGAAUUGGAGCUAGACGUCAGUGUGCUGUGGAAAUUCAACACUUCGCGUUUGUCUUGCCAUUCAAAUUCAAGAUGUAUAGUUUGUCAAGGAAAACUACCUAGUUACGAAUAAAUCAAUGACUCCAGUCGUGGAUAGAAUGUA